AUGAGCCCUCUAUUGGUUAGGUCACCCGUAUUUAGACGGACCAUCAAAUCUCUCAUCUCUCAAAGAUGCUUUACAUCGAGUCUUUUGAUUCAAGAACAACAAAAAUAUGAGACGAAGGCCAAAAAAAAUUCCAAACCUGUUGAUUUUAAUCCUCGUCAUUUGGGUAUCUCUACGAAUGUUUACAUUCCCCCCAGCUUUACGAAUUUGCCAAGUUUUUUAAGACAUCCACUCGUUUUCAGUAACGCCGUGAUAAGGCGUAUCUACACAUUGGGACUUAAUACAGUUCAAAUCGCUUUAUUCAGGUAUCAAUCGGGUUUAACACCAAAGUUCUUAUUGUGGAAAAACAAUGCGAUCGAAACUUAUGUGCAAGUAAACCGAGCCUUUGCGCAACGUCAAUUGGCCAGUGUUAAACCUAAAGUUUCGCUUUGGGUCGAAGAAGCCUUGGCAAGCAGAAGCAAGCAACUGCCCAGAACUUUUGAACUUGACUGGCAACUUGUCAAAUUUAAGCAAAUUCCUAAACUAGUGUCUGUACAGGCUCUUAUGAUUCCAGGACGUCCAUUAGAACAUAUCCAACUGAUCUACAAGUUCAAUACCAAGCAGAGGCUCAUAAAACGCAAUAAACAGACCAACAAGACGGAAUCCGUGGAUAGAGACGUGGUGGAUUACGUAGCGUUCCUGUGCGAUGCUACGACGAAUGAAACGAUUCUAAUUGGUUCUGUCUUUGAAAGUAAACCAGACGCUAAGCUUCCGAAGAAUUUCGAAGACGAUAUGAAGCUUGCCAUCGAGAGAAUGAAGAAAAACGGUGACCUGUAUAGACUUCCUCCUUCUGAUCAAAACUAG